AUGCGUUCCUCACUUAUCUUCAUCUCGGCUUUGGCCACUGCCGUCAUGGGCCAGAAUUCCACCGAGUCUGAUUACACCCUUCCCGCCGGCUUCAAUAUUGGUUUGGUGGAAAGCGGCGAGCGAAGCAGCUGGUGUUCUGCUCAGCGUAACACUUGCCCCGAUAUCUGCCAGAAAGGCACCAAGCUCAACUCAUGCGACGCUUCGACCCUGAAGUUCACCUGUGUCUGCAGCGAUGGUUCCGUGCCCGACGUGACCCCCUACCAGCAGACCGUUCCUUUCUACGUCUGCCAGGCCACUUACGGCCAGUGCGUUGUCUCGCACCCCGACGAUGCCGAGGGUCAGCGCGCCUGCAAGAAGGCCGCCGUCUGUGGCUCCAAGAACGCCAGUGAGACCACCACCACCGCUUCUUCUUCUUCCACCAUGGCUUCAACUACUGUGGCCAUGGCUACUGCGACCGAGUCUUCCAGCUCCGAAACUUCCUCCGUGGCUCCUGCCAGCACUACCACCAACGCCGCUGUCGCUCUUGGUGACCUGACCCAGUACUCCACUGGUUUGGUGGCUGGCCUCAUGUUCCUUGCUGCGCGCAUGGUCCUGUAA